AUGGCGGACAAGUUCGGACGAAAUGUUUGUAUGGUAACAGAGCGUAUUUUAUCGUUUCAAUAGUCAUUGAACCGUUUUAUCAAUAAUGGAUACCGCUUCUCCCUGAAAAUGUAAUAAGGAUGGUGAAGAAAAAGGGGAAACCUUCCAAGCAAACCAAGAAGAGAGCAGAACCUUGGUUGGUGGAAGAUGUUCGGGUCCAUACUGCCCUGCCACCCCAGGUCGAAGGUCAGCUCAGGUGUUUCUGCAGACUGUCCAUCAGCCAAAUAAUAUGGGUCACUGCAGUGACCCCUGACCUCACACUAGUGCGGAUCAAGUGGUGGGGAGAACCGGGAGAUGGAUCGAUCUUCAAACCUCUGAAUGUGAAGAAGGGAGAUAAGUCUGGAUGUCAGACAACUGCUCGCUACCCAGUGAGGUCCGGACCUCGUCAGUUUGCAGCCUAUCUGUCGGACAUGGGGGCCCUGACACUGGAGGUCAUGAGUGGUCAGCUAGCGGCACCUAUUGGUCAGGCAGAGGUUCCUCAGAUAGGGCUGCUGUCUGUCAACAGACCUAUCAAUGGAUUUUUCCCUGUGUUUUCACCAAACGAGGAGAAACUGGCCGAGAUUCAGGUUUCUGUUGUGCUGGAGCCUUUAAUGGUGUCAUAUGACAGCAUGGGCUCCAUCCCCACCUCAGACAUCAGUCUGGAAACCCAUACAACGCAGGAGUCCACCUACCCCCACCGCUACCAGCCACGCCCACACUUCAGUCAGCCUGUCAUGCCUCAGGAGGACCCGUUUGUCUCCCCUGCCUCCCACCUAGAUGCUGAUGGUCAGAAGAAGGAGAAUGGCUUGUCUCUUCCGUACGCUGCUGAUGUGAAGCAGAGACUGCGAUACGACGCAGUGGACACCCAGCCUGUGCAGGAAGGCAGCACAGUGUCCAUCACUGCAGGCGGUCAAGUGGUCACCACCAGCGAGAGUCAGGGGACCCAGCUGAAGUCUCUGUCUCCAACACACAGCCGUGUCACAAGCAGGCCAGGCGCUGCUGUUACCUCGGCAGGUGCCCCUUCCAGCAAUGUGCUGUCUGUGCUGCUGGAGCGGGGCAAGAAGCUACGGGAUGCGAUGGCGGUGUCGUCUGUUGACUGCCAGGACCACCACAAGAUGGAUGCAGCCGGAAUCAGGCCGCAGGACAUAGUAGUCCCAGAGGCCAAGUCAAUAAACAGGAGCAGCUCUACUGGAAGUUUGCUUAAGGAAAUUCUCCGUGCUGAGAAAGAUGCAGCUGGUGUUGCCAUGGCGACUGAUGACAUGAUGGCCAGUGACAUUAAUUCUAAAACUGUUGACAUGGUCGUUGGCUCUCCAUUGCAUAAAAAUGAUUUCAAGAUGUUUCAACUUCUGAACGGAGGCAGCCCAGGGACGAGUGUGUCGAGUGACCCCGCUGACCUGAGCGAGACCGGAGACCCAGUUCAGGAGGACAACAUCCUGCAGGAACUGUUCUACAGACACUCAGAGAGUGACGGCAGCGUUCUGAGCGAGAUGAGUGGGGAUGAGAGAGACAAGUCUGUCAACACCAGUACUGUCUCAAUGGAGGACCCUGCCAAUGUGAGGCCUCCAUCGAGAAGAUCAUCCCUGUCCAGCCUCUCACUUCAGUUUCCAGAAGAAGAGAAGAAGAAACCAAAGCGGUCCACCUCCAAAACAAGAAAGAAACUAAGAACAAGGGAAAAAAACAAAGGUUGUAAGGUUCAGAGGUCAAGGUCAUCGUCACGUUCCAGAUCAAGAACAAGAACCUGUGCUAAGUUGAGACAGAGAGCCAGUAGUGCUAGUGAUGCAAGUGACAAUGAUGUUCCAAGUACUCCGAGGUCGGAGGUAUCGCGUGUGUCCUUUGACAUGACACCAUCGGAUGUCGAUGAGCCUGUUCAAGACAAUCCCAGGUCCAAGACAGUGGAUGGUCUGAGUGUGGAGAGGCUAACGCUGCUUGGCCGAGUCCAUGUGGCACGGGUUAGUGUGUACUCGCUAACCUUGCACACAGAUCAGGACACGUCACUGGUCAGCAACCACAGCACCAAGACAAACAAAGGCAAACGAAAAGGAAAACCGCCAAGACCAACCAGCAAGUCAAAAAAACCUUGCACCUACUUCAUAGAAUAUCAGUUUCCAGUCGUGGCGACCUCCAGAGACAAAUACUCACCCAAUACGAUGGCAACAGAGGUCAUGAGAGUGGCUUCAAAGAACAUAAAAAAUAACGUGGUGACAUUCAGUCACCGGUCAGUUUUUCCCAUCAUGUUUGAUGGCAGCUCCAUUGAGAAAUGGUGGAAAUCUGCCCUUGUGUUUAAAGUCUUCUCCAGAGAGGCAGGACAGAAGAUUCCGGCACCUGUGGGGUCGUGUGGAGUGUCCCUCAAGUCCAUCCUCAAGUCGGAUAGUCUGUGCAGUGACCGGCAGCUUGAGGUCAGGGAGUCCAGCAGAAACACGUCCCUCAACUCCUCACUCCGCCACAACAGUCUGUGUGGAGUGUUCGGACAUCUCAAGACGGUGGUUGAGUUAGCAUCGGACCACCGCGAGUUUGCCACAGCUCUGGCUAAGACCAAGCUUGUGGAGAUGAGUGGCAGGGCCAAGAUUGUCCCCAUUCCCGAACCUGCUCCUCCCUCUUCUCAGACAGCUGGCAGCCUCAACUCUCUGCCUCCUCCACCAUUUGUGGUGCAGACCAGACAUGCAGAUUUUCCUGCUCAUUCAUUGUCUUCUCAAGAUAGCCAACCAAUGCCUUCAUUACAAGCUCAGUCAUCCAAUCAUGUUUCACAACACUUCAACGACAAUACCUCCAGCAUUGCUCAAACAUCAUCAGUCAACCACCUACAGCAACUCCACUCCGUCCCGUCUCAAGCUGUCAGUCAGCCCAACACCAACAACCAACCAGAACCACUGACCCUGCACAUGAUGUUGAUGGUGCCCAACGGUCAGAACCUCAGCCUACAGGGAGUGCCCCCAUUACACCUGGUCAACCGGCGCCCCAUGCUGUUACAACAACCUCCCCCUACAUCAGGUCCUGGUGCCCGCGACCUCUCAACACGGAACUCCUAUCUUGUGUGUCGGAUGUUCUGGUGUAACGAUGCUGUUCAUUCCACAGUCUGCUGGGGCACACUUCAGCCACAGUUCAACUUCCUGCAGGUUGCCCCUGUUCUGCUGAGCCCGGCGUUGUUGGAGCGCAUGAGGAACAACUUCCUGGUCAUCGAAGUGUGGGACAAGACGACAGCAGCUGGUGAUGACAAGCUGAUAGGUAUGGUGAAGCUGAGCCUCCAUCAGUUCUACAUGUCCUUCCGGGAUCGAAGAGUGGCUAACGCCCUUCUCAAGUCUCAGUAUCCAGUGAUUGCGGCAGACAACUACUUCGGCAUCACCGAUCCCUUCACCAGCUUCAACUUUGGGCAGCUCCGGCUGGUGCUCGCGAUGGGGUCGGCGGAACAGAUUGCAAGUCUACAGCGGGUCAAGCAGGAUGGAGAUGGGUCGGUGAUGAUCCCAGAGAGGCCACUUCACAGUCUGGAGAGACAUGACCUGGCUGCUCGUGAUGAUGUGAAUGGCCACCAUCCAGCCACAGAUUCAGCAGUGGAGCAUGUGUUUGAGGUUGUGAUUGAGGCUAUUCGGGAUCUCAAGCUGUUUGACAACAUGAUGUGGGGAGAGACGGACUGCUUUAUCCAGUACCACUUCCCAGCCCAGGCCCAGACAAAACCCCUGUCUGAUGUCAGGAGCAUUGCUCCUACCAUGAAGUGUUACCGCACAGCGACCACACUGUGUACACCCGACCCUACGUUCCACGAUUGUACCAGACACAAACUACAUCUACCUCAGGGGACCCCAGUCCAGCGGGAACUACUUACAGCAUGUGCUAACUCAGGAGGAGGAGCAGGAGGACUUCCGUUCGAAGUCUGGUGCAGAUAUUACCACCCCAACAUCAGGGAACAGGUCAUUGCUAAAGCCACACUACCACUUGCCAAGCUGUGUGCCAUGGUGACGAUGCAGAAGCGGGGGGAGCCAGCCAUCCAGAGUUUCUCUCUGCCGCUGUCUCAAGUCGCCACCGAGUCCCAGCUGGAAGACCCAGAGUCUAAAGCCAAGGUGAAGGACUCGGGGCUGAUGGAUGUCACUGUUAAUUACAAGGCCAAGACUCUCAAGACGGAAGCAGCCUCAGUAGGGCAGCAAGCAAUCCUGACAGGCAGCCAAGUGUGUGUGUCAGUGGGGGUGAUACGAGCCACAGGGCUGAAGUGUGCAGCAGAGAAGGUAUGUGACCUUGACCCUGGGAUGCAGUAUGCUUCAGAAGUGGGUGUCAAUGCCUAUGUCCGGAUCAAGUUGUCUUUUCUCACCAAUGAGGGGGAGAGAAUAACGAAGACAGUUGCCCGGACAUUUUCCCCCGAGUUCUCGCACUACCUGGACUUCCCUUGUCCCUUAUUGUGGACGGACUCGAAGAACGACGGAACCAGUCUGGCAGAACUCCUGGAAACAGGGGAGGCAACUUUUGAAGUGUGGCACCAGGUUCCCGGACUACAUGGAGGUACUGUCGGCCAGUAUGUACCGACCGGCACCGAGGCAGUGAUUGGCAGGUGUGUGGUACAGAAGACAGGAGAUGUGCUGCUGGGGACGACAACACUGAAGCUGGCCUCUCUCCUCACUCACAGGACAGGUCUGCUGGGCUGGCACCUGGUGACGACCCCGCCGUCAGGAUGGAGGAAGUCCGAGGACGGGGAGGGGUGUGUCCAGCAGGGCCUGCAGCAGGUGGGCGGGGGCCUGGAGAUCUCCAUUAGGUUUGCCCACCAGGAAGACAGGGAGAAGGUGAUCCAUGCUGGGCAGAGUGUGGGGUGGUCCCCUGCUCUGGUGGGCAUGGAGGAAGAGGAAGACUGGGGGACGGAGGAUGAGGUUUCCCCGGCUAGAUGUUACCAGAUGAUGAUGAGCGUGCAGGACGUUUGCUUCCCGGUACACAACGCUCUUCUCACUGGCCACACCCAACUUGAGCCAUCCGCCAAGUGCUAUGUCAGAUACAAGUUCUAUGAUAAAGUUGCUGUAUCCACCAAGCUAUCGGUGUUGCAACAGAACGAGGAUGGCUAUGCCUCCGCUACCUUUCGUCAUAAACACUGCUUUGUAGUGCCCAGGUCCAGUCCAUUCCACUGGUAUUUACGGGAGGAGAGGCUGGAGGUGCAGGUGUGGGUGAGCUACGGGUCCAGCAGAGACAGACAGAGUCGUCCCCAUCACCGGGACAAACUAGUGGGAUCAGCCUACAUAGAGCUGGGCAGCCUUGCAGACACUUCCAGGAAACAACACCGCCUCAGUGGUGUAUAUGCAGUGUUGAAGCCUGGAGCUGCCAGCCUUGGAGGUGCCUGUGUCCACACUCAACUGACCAGCAAACUCUUGUCCAGGGGCAUCACAGAGGCCUUGCAGGACGAUGAGGACAUGGUGGAGAAUGGGCUGUCAGAGGAUGACUGUGACACGGAGGACAGCUUCCAUCACCUCACCACAGGAAGUUCUCAUAAGGUGAAGGACAAGUUCCUCUACUCCCCUGACAACAGCUCUCCAAGGUUUGCCGUGCACGUCUUCAUCGAGAGAGCUAUGCAUCUGCCCCGUGUGACUGAGAAAAACAAGUGUGGAGACAGUGAGCCCAGCACCUAUGUGUCAUAUCAGACUGCGGAGAAGUCAGCCCCAUCCUGCACGGCCAUCUUUCCCAAGUCCUCCAACCCAGUCUGGGAGCACGAGGAUCACACCCAUCUCUCCACCGAGCUGCUGUACCAGGAAAGCAAGAACCUCGUACUGAAGGUGUGGCACAAACCAGCAGAGGCAGCCAAGCAGCCGGACAAGUCGAGUGACCGCGUGCUUGGGUUUGUGUCAGUGGACCUGGCACCGCUGUCAUCAGGGCUGCUGCAGAUCUGUGGCUGGUACAACAUACUGGACUUCACCGGGCAGUGCAAAGGGCAAAUCAAGGUGAGCAUUGUGCCGGAUGAACCACUGGGCCAGUCUCUGCAGCCAGAUGGAGUUCCCUCACAGACCAGCCUCCCCUCCCAUGUGUCCAGCAGCUUCCACCGUGUCCCUUCCCUCCACCUGCAACCAACAUCGCUCCCUGCAUCACUGCCACGCCUCCAAGAGCACAUGGCCAGCAUCAGGCAGCAGCUGCAGCAGAGACAGGCUGACACCCCCCCAGUGGCCAACGCCCAACACUGGCAACCCCGCUUCCCGGACCUCCCAGACCCAGCACAGGAUACAUCCAAGUCCUACCUCUUUACGUCACUCAGGAAGCAGCUGGAGGACUUGGACAGCAUCACCGCCCGGUUGAAGGAGAAGCUUGGACCUGACAGUGCCGCCAACGGAGAGAGACAGCCAGUGAGAGCCUCAGGGAUGGUCCUGACUGGUACAUUCGCUGGGCUGAGUACAAUACAUUCCGUGUCUUCACAGGGAGAUGCCAUGGAAAAUAUUGAGAAGGACAUUGCUGUGUCUCAUUCCUCUAACAUAGAGGAGAACGUUGCUGCGUCUCGUUCCUCCAACAUCGCUGCUGAUUCUGGAGCCUACUCCGUAGAGAACUCCUCCGAGAACACAGGUGCAGAUAGCCAGAGAAGCGAGCGAGCCAGCGUGUUCACGACACCACCUAAUCCGGGAUCUAGUAACAAUGGCUCAGAUUCGGGUGUCAACAAAGACACAAGCUUGACACUGAGAACACCCCGAGAGUGGCUGGACUCCAAUGGUGUUGACAGGCCACAAGUGCUGGGAACCUCUGCUAAGGACUUAACAAAUAAUAGCGAUAGGUUAGUUUUCACAGAAGGAGGCGAUGCUAUGGGUGAGUUCCUGAUGACAGUGGACACUCCUCGGGAUGUGCUGACUAACUAUGAGACCAGCCAGGGCUUUGUGCCAGGUCAGAUGCUGCCGUCUCCCAGCCAAGGUUCCACAGAGCCCAGAUCUCACACCAGGAGCCGUGUGGAGCAGGACAUCCAGGAGAGCAUCCAGGAGUUGGACUCUGACCAGGAUGAGGGAGAGCAGUUUGGGAACUACCACUGCUACCGAGAGAUGCUGGACAGUGAGGAGUUGGAAGCUGAUGAUGAGGGUGAAGGUGUGGAGAUUGUUCAUCCUCGAAGGAUCAAUGAUGUGUCUGGCAUCCUAGCAGGCUUCUACUCAGGACAGACAGGUGAUACCGAUGGGAGACUUGUCAGUAAUGGACAAAGUCAGGGUUUUGAUAAGCCACGAUAUGAAGCAGCCCAGACUGUGGCAACGGAUGAUGAAACGGUUCACAAAACACACCUAGGUCAGCCUGGAUCCAGGCAAGUACAGCAAACUUUCACGCAACAUUGUGAGAGACAUGACACAGAGAACAGUGAGACAAAGCAAAGAAAACGGACUCUUGUAGAUUGUUGGCUAUCUGAGACUGACGAUGUUGGUGGUGAAGGAGGAGAAACUCCUCAAGAAGUCAGUGACAUGGAGGACAUAGAUGAAGCCACUCCUAGAAAGAUGCCCCCAGCACGAGCUGGUCACAACACCUCAACCCUGUUGUCUAAUGUGGAGCUUCUUGACACUCUGACAUCCACCUUGGAGACGAGGGAACAGUCAGGAGAGGAAUUGGAGCAGCCACGCAGGCCCCACUCACAACGUCUCCUGUCUAAUGUAGACCUUGAGUCUGUGACAUCGUACAACACCAGCCACCGACCAGACUCGGGCAGCAGUAAGAUCUCAGGUCGAUCUUCUCAUCUCAGCAGCAACAGGAAGGAUGAGGACAUUGUGGAGGACACGGCAGAGGGGGACCUGGAAUGGACGGGGGACGAACGUCGAGAACGUUUUGACGCAGUGAGACAGGAACUGGAUGACUUCUUCUCCAGACAGAAGGAGACUGAUGGAACUCUGGAGGAUUCGAGCUUUCCAGCGCUGAAGCACUUGUCCCUGUCAGGUGACCUGUCCACCCACAGCAGCGGGCAGAACCUACAUCACACAAUACGGCACGUCCAGCAGGGCUACGACACCAACACCGACCUGCACAGUGACCGCACCACGGAGGACAGUGGGCUGGAGAGCGGAACCAAGUCAUCCCAAGACGAGAAAGAAGCAUUCUCCAUGUUUGAUAUCACUCACAGAACCGACCCCAUGCCCAACUUCUUUUUGCCACCCGAGAACCUCCAGGCGUCCAUGAGGGCUCUGCAGGCGGCCACAGCAGCAGCGACACAGAUGACACAGGACCCAGGUCAGGCAGCAGAGAGGGUUCAAGCCACCUCACAGUUGGCCCACAAGCUAGCUGCAGGGUCAAAGAUCAAGUUUGCACCUGUUUCAACUAAAGGGAGACAGCAUCCAACGGCAAAUGAAGCAAAACGAAUAGCAAAGAUAUUUUCUUCCAGAAUGAAAUAGAUAGGACUUUUGUUUUAUGAAGAACUGUGUUUGAUCACUCUCCACCUGUACUUGUAGGAACUAUAUGCGUGGUAAGCUGUGCAAUUGAGGAACAAUUUCUGCAAUGUAGUCCACAGCAAUGUAGCCUGAUUUCCACUUAAUUACUACAUCUAUAUUUUCUACAGCAUGGAGGUGGGUGGGGGGUGUUACUAUGUGUUCAUGAUGUAACACAAUCCUGAUGUAGACCCAGCAACUUAUACUUCCUCACUUUGAUAUUUCACUUCUGUUGCCUCAGGGUGUGUGUAUAAACUGUUGUGUGUAGGUUUGUCUCAGGGUGUGUGUAUAAACUGUUGUGUGUAGGUUUGUAUCCACCACUAGGGAACUGUUAUCUGUAGUAUGUAACGUGUAACUCUGUCAUCUAACUGUGUAGCUGCAUCAUGUAAUAGUAUUCCUCUACAAUGUAGCAUUGCUGAUUUACUGUUACAUUGUUGCUGUCAUGUCACAUUGUCAUUGCAUCAUGUAACAUUGUUGCUGUGCUGUGUAAUGACUUUGCUACAUUAUUCCAACUGGUGUAGAUCUGUACAUAGCACUGAUGAGAGGACACUCCAGUGUAUAUAAUCUUCUUGUCUGUGAUACCGUCUCUCAUCACCAUAGUCUUUCACACUAGUUGGCCUAUUUCCUGUCAUGAUAACAUGACUGUUCAAUAUAGUUGUAUGUUUAGAGGUAGGAUCUGCCCAUCUACUUAUGGUUAAUCUGUACAUAGGAGAUUGUGUAUAUUGAUAAUGUACAUAUGUCAUAGUAACUAGCCUUGGGGUAGUCUGGUGGUUAAAGCAAUCGCAUGUCACGCCGAAGACCUGGGUUGGACUCCCCACAUGGGUACAAUGUGUGAAGCCCAUUUCUGGUGUCACCCGCUGUGAUAUUGCUGGAAUAUUGGUAAAAGCGGCAUAAAACUCACUCACACACUCAUAGCUAGCCUCGCACACAACUUGACAAAGAAAGAAUGUAGCUUGUGCUGUUAACUUGGAUUGUUCAAUAUCAUGAAGCAUGAAGACACAAGAAGGAGUCCUGCCAUCACAGCUUCAGUAGUCCCCAGACAGACGCAGCCGGUGCACUUCCAGUCUACCAGGCUUCACCACUGUAGAGUCGUAUUUGUACAGAUCUGUGCAUGUCCUCCAUAUACUAAUAGUUAGGGGUGAAACGGUACAGCUAGGUCACGAUACGAUGCGUAUUCUUGACAAUAAAUAUUUCAGAGCAGGUUCAAAAGGGUAGGCUAGCUGUAGACACAUGUUGGUAGUGGCUGUUUUUAGUAGUGAACAUGAAACUCUAAUUACAAGACAUUUUGCGAUAUCUGACUGACAAAAAUGCCAGGGGGCAUUAAACGAGCAUUCAUCUAUUUCAGUAGGUGUACCGUCUUGUAUCAAUACAGAAAAAAAACGUAUUGUGUAUCGAUGCACCAGUGCACAGAUAUAUUGUUUCAUCCCUACCAAAUGUAUUUUGGAUGAAGUGGUAGCCGCCAACAGUAGGCUCAGUGUAGUUCCUGUCCCAGCUCCACUCCACUCCACUCAUCUCCUCUCCACUCCACUCCACUCCACUCCACUCCACCCAUCCCGCAGUGCUAUGGUUAUUGUAGUUAUUGUAGUGUGUACCACUUGUGGGACACAAGACGAGGGACAGACCCACUCAGCAUCCAUGCUGUGUUGUAGAUACCCUGUAUGCCCAGAGAGGGGGCAUGUAAUCAGCUGUUGUACUUCAUUAGCAAAGUAUCUCAUUUCAUGUAUCACUAGAAAUUUAGUUACAAAUCAUUGAGGACUGCAUACCGGGAAUAAAUUGUUAAUGUGUUUAUCAUAAAGGUAGUGAAAUCAGUUUAAUUAUUUUUUAAUGUAUAUGUUGUGCUUGUUUAUUUUCACAUGUUGAAAGAAGUGCCAUGCAACAUUAACACAAUGAUUUGUAAAUGUAAUGAACCAUGAAAUAGUUUUUCUCACUUUUAUACUGUAGAGAUUGUGAAGCGUGUAGUAUGUAGUGGCGCGUUACCCAGGUGGACGGACGCACACAGUUGUAGUUGUGUAUCAUCUCUAGUCACAUGACUGAUUCCGUCCAUACACGGCACCUCUGUCUCGGCCAGUAGCAUCAUAGCAAGGACUUACCUGUUGCAUGUUUGUUGAUGAUGUUGGGUCAUUAAUGUGCAGCCUGUUGUGCAUGUGGUCACAUGAAGGGGAAGAACAUCACACUGGCUGUUCAUGUACUGGUGUUUCAAGUAACAAGUGUUACCAUCAUUGGGUAUUCAUGUUACCAUCAGUUCUCAUGCUCAAAGUGCCUCUCAUCAAAAAAGCCCUCUGAAGUCACCAAAGAUUGUUGACCCCUUUUUUGGAGCAAAACAUGGCAUUGUUCUGUGUUUAUAUGUUUCAUACAACGAUCAAUAACAGUGUCCCUCAUUUGUAUUAAAUGUUCUUUGAACAAAAUGCUCCAGUGUUCUUGCAAUACUAUGUUUAUACUUAGUAUUGUGGAGAAACUACCUGAACGUCCUAAAGUGCCUCUAGUGCCAACCCCUACAUGGUAUAUGUACUUGUAUUCUGAUGUGUACGUGUGUUGUGUCAAUCUGUCCUUAGUGGGGAGACCUUCUAGCCUCUACACCUCUUGUAGUAGGAGAGACAUCCCUUACCUGUGGGUACAAUCUGUACAGCUCAUGCCUGUGGUAUAUUGUCUGUACAGCCCAUGCCUGUGGUAUAUUGUCUGUACAGCUCAUGCCUGUGGUAUAUUGUUUGUACAGCCCAUGCCUGUUGUAUAUUGUCUGUACAGCUCAUGCCUGUGGUAUAUAGUCUGUACAGCCCAUGCCUGUGGUAUAUAGUCUGUACAGCUCAUGCCUGUGGUUCUUUUGUCUGUACAGCCCAUGCCUGUGGUAUACUGCCUGUACAGCCCAUGCCUGUGGUAUAUUGUCUGUACAGCCCAUGCCUGUGGUAUAUUGUCUGUACAGCUCAUGCCUGUGGUUCUUUUGUCUGUACAGCCUAUGCCUGUGGUAUAUAGUCUGUACAGCCCAUGCCUGUGGUAUAUUGUCUGUACAGCCUAUGCCUGUGGUAUAUAGUCUGUACAGCUCAUGCCUGUGGUAUAUUGUCUGUACAGCCCAUGCCUGUGGUAUAUGGUCUGUACAGCCCAUGCCUGUGGUAUACUGCCUGUACAGCCCAUGCCUGUGGUAUAUUGUCUGUACAGCCCAUGCCUGUGGUAUAUUGUCUGUACAGCUCAUGCCUGUGGUUCUUUUGUCUGUACAGCCUAUGCCUGUGGUAUAUAGUCUGUACAGCCCAUGCCUGUGGUAUAUUGUCUGUACAGCCCAUGCCUGUGGUAUAUUGUCUGUACAGCCCAUGCCUGUGGUAUAUUGUCUGUACAGCUCAUGCCUGUGGUAUAUUGUUUGUACAGUCCAUGCCUGUGGUUCUUUUGUCUGUACAGCUCAUGCCUGUGGUAUACUGCCUGUACAGCCCAUGCCUGUGGUAUAUUGUCUGUACAGCCCAUGCCUGUGGUAUAUUGUCUGUACAGCUCAUGCCUGUGGUUCUUUUGUCUGUACAGCCUAUGCCUGUGGUAUAUAGUCUGUACAGCCCAUGCCUGUGGUAUAUUGUCUGUACAGCCUAUGCCUGUGGUAUAUAGUCUGUACAGCUCAUGCCUGUGGUAUAUUGUCUGUACAGCCCAUGCCUGUGGUAUAUGGUCUGUACAGCCCAUGCCUGUGGUAUAUUGUCUGUACAGUCCAUGCCUGUGGUAUAUUGUCUGUACAGCUCAUGCCUGUGGUAUGUGAUCCAUAUUACCCAUCUGAAGAUCAUGAUUUGUACUACUUCUGCAUUGAUGUGAUGUUCCGAGUGUGGGGUACGCUAUUCACACAUACACGUUCACUAUCCAUACAUUAAUCUGGAAGGACUGGUAGACUUGUGUGUCAGAAACUUGGCUAUUGACUCAGUUGUUAUCACUACUCAUGAACUUUGUUAUACUCCAUGUUCUCUAGACAUGUACCUGAUACAUAUACAUGCACCUGACAUAUCUGACGUAUGUUUUAUGUUUUGCCUUAUAACACUUGGUGCCAAAGUGUCUUCCAUUAAUAAAUAUACUAAUAUUUUGACACCAGUUGACAGCAGGAGUAUUGUAGAAUGGCUUUCAGAAUCAGACAGCAGUUUGUCCAGAUACAGCCAUUAGCACAACCAUGACAAAUUAUAAACAUAGUUUAUAACAGCUGCAUGUAGCAUCCACUAUUGGUCCAUUUUGAACCUUCAGAAUAAUUCAUUCAAAGUACCAUGGUCAACCUCUUAAUGAAGUUCUGAAGGUCAAUGUUGAACCUGUAGAUCCAGUUCUCAAGGGUACCUGCUGGUGAAUGCUGAACCUGUAGAUCCAGUUCUCAAGGGUACGCUGGUGAAUGUUGAACCUCUAGAUCCAGUUCUCAAGGGGACCUGCUGGUGAAUGCUGAACCUGUAGAUCCAGUUCUCAAGGGGACCUGCUGGUCAAUGCUGAACCUGUAGAUCCAGUUCUCAAGGGUACCUGCUGGUCAGUGUUGAACCAUUCAGAUCCAGUUCUCAAGGGCACCUGCUGGUCAUUGUUGAACCUUUGACUGUGUUCCAAGUGGGCACAUGGCCUGUGGUCAACCUUUUUAUGAAGUUCCAAAGGGUUCAAGAUCAAUGAUCAAGCCCUUAUUGACACAUCAGUGAACCAAAACCCCUGACUGAACAUUCUGACCCGAAGAUGCCGCCGCCAUAUAGAACUGCUGCUGUCAUCAGUGUCUUGCUCUGGACUGUCAGACUAGGUCACAGUCCUGGAGUUGCUAUAGAUGUAUUCUAUACAUGUGGUCCACCUGUCACAGUAGGUCACAGUCCUGCUAUAGAUGUACUUACUUUUGUACAUGUAGGAUGUAUUUAUACAUAGACAGGUAGAGUUUCUUUCUGUAUACAGGUAAAACAAUGACAUUUUUGUACUUAAUACUGUGUAUGUAUUGUAUUAUAGAAAAUUAAAUUAUUAUUUCAACUUA